UUGAGUGGGGGGAAAGGACCCAUCUAAAAAAGAGAGGGACAGAGAUAGAGGGAGGAACACAAGUAGAGAAGCGAGAGAGGCAGAGAGAGGGGAGGGAGCAAAGAGGGUUACCUCAUCUAGAGCUGCUAGAGCACACGGUGCAGGGGAGAAGUUGUGGGAAAGUAAACAGCACAGGAGAAUUCCAAUCUGUUCCAGCCACUUGCAGCCCUCGCAGGAGACCACAGAGAUGACUGUACUGGACCCGGCAGUGUGCUAAAAACUGAGAGUUUAUGGGAGGUUACCAGGAUUAAAGGUUCACCAGGGAGUGCCUGAAGCUUCUCGGAGGACAUACUACUGAAGACACUGAGGGAUUAUGUCUACUGUGAUGUCUCAACAGCAACCACCAAAGGAGGAUGAAGAGGAGGAAGAUGAGGAGCAAGGGGAAGCGUUUUCAUUUGAGGACAGUGCGGAUGAGGAGAAACUUCAGGGGGACAGUAAAGAGGUCACCUCGGACUCUGUUAAAUCUGUCCAGUUGUCAGAAAAGGAGGACAGUGAGACAUCAGGCAGUGCAUCACAAACAGGCACAGACUGCACACAACUUCCCAGAACUGCGCCCCCUGCUGGACAGGAGGGCGACCUCACCAAGGAAGUAGCUUCAGUUCCUACUGCAGAUGUUCCAGUUAAUGAGUCACCCAGCGGGGUAUCGGCAGCAGCUGCGGCGCUCAGUACCUCGGCUCCUCUUGCGGGAGAGGAGCUCCCGGAGCUUCCUGUGGCGUCGCCAGCUGUGGAGACGGAGACAGAUUCGGGAAACCACAGCAAAGAAACCGACAAGGAAAGCUACGACUCCAGGGACAACUCUGCAGCUUUAAAUGCGGCUGAAGCUGAGCCACAGAUGGCGGAGGCUCCAGAGGUGAUCUAUGAUGAUGUUCCAGGUGAGGAUCCCCUCUCUCCCGAUGAAGAUAUGAUCUAUGAAGAUGUUCAGAGAGACAGUCGUCCUCUGGCUGCGGACAAUGGAUGGAGCUCCAGUGAGUUUGAAAGCUAUGAUGAACAGUCUGAUAACGAGACCAAACAACCAACACGGAGCAAGCUCUCUCCUGAAGUGAGUGGGCUGAGGGAACGCUGUGCCAGGACCAAACGUGAACUGGCCAACAGGCUGUCUGGCAAGCACAACUAUGACAUCAAGGUUCAGCAGCUCAUGAAGGCGGCAAGAAGCGGAACGAAGGAUGGGCUCGAAAAGACCAAGAUUGCCGUCAUGCGAAAAGUUUCCUUCCUGCAGAGAAAAGAUCAAUUGGAAGAGGAGGAUGAUGCAGGAUACCUGGAUGUGGCAGUGUCAGAAGUGAAGCAUCCUCCUCCCCAGCUGAGCCCCAUGCCAGAGGGGCUGACCAACCACCAGGUUGUCAGACGCCAUAUCCUCGGCUCCAUCAUUCAGAGCGAGCGGAGCUACCUGGAGUCUCUCAGGAGGAUCGUGCAGGAGUACCAGAGACCAUUGAUGGAAGCUGAUCCACGCAUCUUGAGUCCAAGGAAGAUUCGGCCUAUAUUUUACCGGAUGAGGGAGAUCACACAGUGCCACUCCAUGUUUCAGAUUGCUCUGGCGUCACGUGUGGCUGAAUGGGACAGCAGUGAGAAAAUUGGAGACUUAUUUGUCGCCUCGUUUUCCAAGUCCAUGGUGCUGGACGUGUACAGCGAAUACGUGAACAACUUCACCAACGCCAUGGCUCUUAUUAAAAAGGCGUGCGUGUCCAAACCGGCUUUUCUGGAAUUCUUAAAGAAGAAGCAGGCGUCGAGCGUAGACCGGAUCACUCUGUAUGGCCUGAUGGUUAAACCCAUUCAACGGUUCCCUCAGUUCAUAUUGCUCCUGCAGGACAUGCUUAAGAAUACACCGAAGGGCCACGUGGACCGUCUGCCCCUGCAGCUCGCUCUGACAGAGCUGGAGAUGCUGGCUGAGAAGCUGAAUGAACAGAAGCGAGUAGCUGACCAGAUUGCAGAGACUCAACAACUGGCCCGCAGCGUUAGCGAUCGCCUGCUCAGUAAGCAACUGAACUCGGAGCAGGGGUCACUGGUGCUUUGUGAGACGCUUAUUGAGACUGUGUACGGCGACCGGGGACAAGUCUUGAAGUCGAAGGAGAGAAAGGUCUUCCUCUUUGAUGAUGUGCUCAUCUGUGCCAACAUAAAUGUCAAGGGGCCUCCGGACAUCAGCAGCCUGGUCCCUGUAGGGCCCAAGUACACCAUGAAGUGGAGCGCCCCCCUACAGCAGGUGCAAGUAGUCGAGGUGGGACAGGAGGGCUCUCAAAGCAAAGACACCUUCUUCCAACAGAGCGGGGCCAAGCGCCCAAGUGGCGCCUGCACUUCAGGUAAAGCUAUCCUCGGCCCUCCACGGCUCUACCAGGAGCUGCAGGAACUGCAACAUGACCUCUCUGUCGUGGAGGAGGUCACUCUCCUUGUGGGCACACUGCAGGGGAUGUACCAGAACCUGAACACCACCGUGGCCCAGGACUGGUGUCUGGCUCUGCAGAGGCUUAUUCGCAUCAAAGAAGAACAGAUCCAGAGCGCUAACAAAUGUCGCUUACGCCUGCAGGUGCCCGGCAGGCCAGACAAGUCAGGGCGUCCUGUCAGUUUCAUGGUGGUCCUCAACACUCCCAACCCCCUCAGUAAGAUCUCCUGGGUCAACCGUCUGCACUUGGCCAAGAUUGCACAACGAGACGAGAACUCUCCAGGCUGGUUAUGUGGAGAGGACGAGGGGAAGACCAUGGCUCCGUUUUGGUGUCCACUGCUCGCCUGCCACAUGCCUGUGUUCGCCACGAAGUCACCAGAGAGAAAGCUUGAAGCUGCCCUCCACAAUCCUGUUCACUGUGCAUUGUUGGGCUUCUCUGCAGCGAGCACCUCCCUACCUCAAGGCUACUUCUGGGUGGCUGGUGGAGAAGGAUCGCACGGGCAGAUAGAGAUAUUUUCUCUCAACAGGCCCAUGCCAAGGACUGUAAAAAGCCUGCAGGUGGGCUCUGCUGUCCGAUGUCUGGAAUAUGUGCCAGAACCUUCUCCGACUGAGGAAGUGGAGGCCGGCGUUCACAAGCCCCCCUCGGGGAUCGGCGCCAACAUUUGUGUUGGAUUAGACGACGGCCGCAUACUGGUCUACGGCAGUGUGGACACUGCAGCACAAUGCCUGUUGACCCUCCAUAACCCAGAGGGCUGCCCCGUGCUGUGUCUGAAGCACUCUUCUCGCUUCCUGUUUGCGGGCCUCCGGAAUGGGACCAUGAUGGUUUAUGGAAGAAAAAACAACGAUGAUUUUUGGGACCCAGACUCCAGCCGAUGUGUAAAACUGGGCUCCGAACCCGUGCGGACUCUGCUGGUGUUGGAUGACUCAGUGUGGGCGAGCUGCAGGAACUCUGUCACAGUCACUGACAUCUCCAGCCUUACCACUCAGACGUUUGAAGUCCACCCAGACCCAAUGAUCAGCGUCGCACACAUGGCGUGUGCGGGUGGAGGGGUGUGGAUGGCGUUCUCCGAGGGUUCCUCCAUUCGUCUCUUUCAUACUGAAACACUGGAGCUUCUGCAGGAAAUCAACAUCUCAACACGCUCCACGCUGCUGAACACUGGUCAAAAGAACAUGCGAGUGACAAGUCUGCUAAUUUGCCAGGGGCUGUUAUGGGUGGGCACUGCCCAAGGCUUAAUUAUCACUCUACCAGUUCCCAAACUGGAGGGCAUCCCCAAAAUAACAGGAAAGGGAAUGGUCUCUCUAAACGCUCACUAUGGGCCCGUGGAGUUCCUGGUGGCCACCACCAGCACUCUGUCCCCUGAGCUGCUGAAGAGGGAUUCUGUCGUGGACGGCCAAGACUCUGCUUUUGGCGGCGAGGACCGCAGCGACACCUCCUCUCAGGAAUCCCUGCAACAGUCCUACCAGGGCGAGGGGAGAGGCAAAGGACGCGGCGUUCUGCUGCAGUACAAGCUGCGGUCCACGUCGGGACUGCCCGGACGCCCGUUAACCGCGCUGGCCGACGAGGCAUCAGACUCCUCCCUGGAGUCUUUGGAGCACAGCGUGGAAGAUGGAUCUAUCUAUGAGCUCAGCGAUGACCCAGAAAUGUGGGUUCGGGGACGUCCUUGUGAGAGGGACGGGGGACGCAGGGACAGGGUGAUCUCUGCAGCGGUUAUCUCCGGAGGCAAAGGCUUCCGUCGAGCGAAGGAAGGAGCGGCAGCAGCAGGUACGAGGACAAGUUGGGAGGGUUUAGAGAAUAAUCUUAUGGUAUGGCAGCUCCCACUGACAGUGUGAUAUGGAAAACAUAUGGCAAGGUGACGGGUAUUUAUACACGUGUACCCGGCUCAGCCUUGAAUCAACCGUUCCAUGAAUUCAAAGGAUUGAAAUAAACAUGCAUGAUGUGAAGGCGUUGCCACCGUUACGGAGCUUGACAUGUUAUGAUUCAGCCUUCGAAUAAGGAAGCUUAAACAUGCUGUUUUCCAGAGGUACUCUCAGCCCAUAGGACACUUUGAAUGUUCAGGAACGUGCGUCAUCAUCUUCCCAGCGGUGCACAGGCCGCCGCAGAUUAGUUCCCUGUGAUUGUCGUGAUCUGGUUGUUCCUCCUGCCUUCGUUAAGACUGAUACGCCUCCAUUUAACCUCAUCAUUGCGCCCCGCGUGCUCUGCCACAUUUAUUUUAUGCGAAAGACUUCCGUUUGAGCGCACAUGGACAGCACGCCUUUGAGAGGCAGCCUUUGUUGAAUCCGCCAUGCUCUGCAGAGUUGGAGAUGGACAUCUUUUAUCUGAUCCUGUGGGAGAGAUCCCAUCUGUUUGGAGCUGAAAGCUGGGGACUUCCACCGCAUCACAAAGCACAUUAGCAUCACUUUAUUAGCUUUGCCAGCCUUUCUCUCAUCCCAUACAAUGUGAAUGUAUGAUACCUUUUAUUGUGUCGCGAAAUUUUAAAUCUGUGCUCUUUAAUUGUUCCUGUAUUUGUUGCAGCUGUUGCAGAAAUGGUUUUUGGUUACAUACAAUAGUUCCUUCCAGGAGCUUACCAUGAGAGUCGUGGUAGUACAAAAGAAAAGUGUCAAAGAUGUUGUUGCUCCACUUUACAGAAUCUACAUUUGCACUGUAGACAUCCUGUAAUUAUUAGAUUUAUUUUGAGGAAAACUUCUCUGUGCCACAUUUUCGAGUAUUAUCUCGCUGCGAAUAAACACAGAUGUUUCAUUAUUCACUGUGAUCCAUCAGCUAGAUGAAACAAAUGUGCGCCCAGGGUUGUGACACAUCAGCUGGAAACACCAGUUACACAUCAAAAGCAAAACUAUAAACGAAUGAUGAAAUAAAAAGGGCUGCAGCUUUCUAAACUGCUAUCAGCUAUGUAUCAACAGAGGGAACCUCAGAGUGCACAUUAAUAAUAUACAAUAUGAUUCUGAUUAACGAUGGGGUUUUACAAUACGCAGCAUUAGUCUGCAUUACAAUGAACAGACAGGGAUGUAUAUUAUCUCUGAUAUCAGCCAUGUAAACCUUGUCCCACUUGUUUUGAUGCUAAUAUAUAGUAUAUAUUUGGAGUUUAAUGCAAACGUUAAUAUUUUACGAUCAAGAUAUGAGAAUGAUGAUUGUCAUGCCUGAAACCUCACGUCUCCAUGCGGUGAUUAUCACGUCAUUAAACCCUUUUUGUUGUGUUUUCUUCAUAACUCUUUACUUGAUGUGUGUGGUCGCAUUGGCAGGCUUGUGAACACAGAGUAUUGACAUUGACUACUCUAUCUUGCGGAUACAUUAUAUACUUUACAGUGUGUUAAACAAGUAGGCGGAGGCCACGCGAGUGGCAAGUAUGACAAUGGCAUAGUGCAUUUUCAAUAAAUGGAGCGCUGGUGAAGGUUAGGGUAUAAUGUCUCUCCACCUAUGUCUCUACUCAGCCCCGUCCACCACUCAUGGAAUCUCAUAUUAUCCUUUCUUUACAGAUGAAACGUGGAGUUCACGUUUUGUAUUUCCCUGAGGCACAUUGAGGUUUAUUUUCUCUUUGCUUCUCCUCCUCACAACAGACUGCGUCAAAAGCAUUUACACGUCCUGCUGUCAGCCAGAAUCGUAAAAAAAAAUAAAAAAAUCUGAUGAUGUAAAGCGUCCUUGGAUGCUGUCAUCUAAAUGUAAAUCUCAAUGUCACGUCAGAAAUGUAUACUCUUAAUUCAUGUGAGAUUCAACGCCCUGAUGGUCACUACAGAGGUGCUUUAACCACAUCAGUGUGUUCCUCCACUUUCACCAGCUCAUCUGCUAACAGCUGACAUUUAAUCUCAACGGCAUCCUGACAUUUGAUUUUCUUACACUACAUGUGUACAGGUAUUAUCCACGCACUGAAUAUUAAUACUUAUGAAUGACCGUACUGUACUACUAAUUAAAACUGUUACUGUGCUAAUUAAACCUGCGUUCCCUUUUGUAAAGAGGUGUUGAUGUGUUUAGAUGAUACUGUGGUGUUAAAGGAGAAGUCGCGUUUAUUACACAUUUUGGAUCUUAUUUCUUGUUUUAGAUGUUGGCCAUCAGUUAACUCGACAAGUUCAUUUGCUGAGGUCGGGGAUCAUGACGACGACACUAAAAAAGAAGUUUGGCGAGAUAAGAAACCCAAAGAGUCACGCGAUCACACAGGGUUCAAACAAUCCCCGGGUAUUUGGAAGAGAAAAAAGGAAAAAUGUAAUUUUUGUUGUAUCUGAAUUGUGUGUUGUAAACAUCCGUCACAGAACAACUUCCAAGCUCAACUCUGACCUGCGAUACCUUCCAGUUGUCCUGUGCGAUGAGGCAUUACUACUGACAUGAUGGGUGCAUUGACCUUUACUUUCACCACCUGUUGUACAAACCUGUUGCCGUGUGCACAGCCUGUGUGAUCAUCUGGCUGCUCGUUUCUUCCCCCGUCGGGCUCCGUCGUCGCGAUAUCGCACACAGUACUCUGGUGCGUGCGAAGUUAAACAACCGAUGGCCAAACCUACAAAAAGUAAAGAUUACAAAAGACGAGUAAUAAACCAGAAUUAUCCUUCAAGCAAAAGUAUUACAUGCAUGUAUGAACGCAGCGCUCGUUCCUCUGUGGUACAAUACUUUAAUGUUACAUGUCUAAACAUUGUCUAACAAGCUUAUGCUAAAUAAAAAACAUGUUUAAACUUGAGUUUGACCUUCUUUUUUUUUAUACGACUGAUUUGGAAUGAGUUUGCUUAUGUUGUCACAGUUUUAGAGAUGUGUCGUACAUCUGCAGCAUUAUUAUGCUAAUGAUGUCACACUUCUCUCUGACUCAGCAGACGGAACAUCUUUGAUGUUUCAUUUGGAUUAUCGUAUCACUGUUUUUUUGCUUGUUUUGAUUAUUCAAAUUACAAUAAGUUUACCUUUACAUCUGCUGGAAGCCAAUGUAUUUGCUAUUAUAUAAAUAAAAAAAUGAGAAUACAGAGACUGGAGAAAAAAAAAAGGAAAACGACGUUGUUUGAUCUCUAAUGCACCACCCUGCAGACGUCACGUCGUGGGGAGUCCAGGUUCUUGUUGCGUUCUCAAGGAGUCUUAAGUCAAAAAGUCUAUUUAGUAAGUUGAUUGCAUGUCAGAAUGAAUAAUGAUUAACCCCUGUUAACCUGCCAAAUCAAUAAAACAUUUCCUUGAAUUGA